CAGCGCCGUGCGGAGGCGGGUGGCUCCCGUAACGGCUUGCGGUGGCCGCGGGCUCGGGAGGAGAGAGACAUUUAUCACAUAAAAGAAAUGAUUGAGUCAGUCAAAGUAAGAAGACAGUGCAUGCUGGAUUUCUACUCGCAUUAUGAACAUCUUUGUGCUCUUCAAGGCUCUGUCCCACUAAAAGCUGUGAAGGCUAACCUGAGUCAGGGUGCUCUUGAUCUAAUUGUAGAUCGCAUCAAAGCUGCUGAUUGGGCACCACUUCUGAAUGCUAUCAGGCAUAAUAAGACUCUGACUUCUCUUGGAAUAAGAAGUUUCCAUCAACAGGGUCUUGGAGAAUCAGGUGUUGAAAGGUAUAAAACUUACUUUAGAAGGAGAAUUCCAGCAAUUCGAUCAAAAGACUUGACUGGCCAACUAUGCAAAGCUGUCAAAGGCUGUCUCGGUAUAUCAGAUACGCUAAAAAAUUUAGAACUGCAGGGUUUGCUUCUGAGGGAGAGAGAUCUAAUACUUUUAACAAAGGGCUUGGCCACAGCUUCAUCUCUGGAGACUGUCUCUUUAGCCCACUGUCCAAUUGGAGAUGGAGGUUUAGAAACAAUCUGUCAGAGUAUAAAGAAUUCAGCUACUAUCAGAUACGUAAACUUCACAGGAUGUAGCCUUACAUGGCGAGGGGCAGAACAUAUAGCAAAUGUAUUAAAGCACCAGGCAAUGAAAAGACAUGGUGAAGCUUGGGCUGAAAGCCUACGUUACAGGAGACCUGACCUUGACUAUAUGACUGGCUUGAGGCGGAUUACUUUCAACUGCAACAUGCUUGUUGGAGAUAGAGGAGCAAGUGCCUUUGCAGACUGUCUAGGAGAGGACCUUUGGCUAAAAGCACUUGAUUUGCAGCAAUGUGGAAUAUCCAAUGAAGGAGCAAGGUCAUUAUUAGAUGCUCUUCAAACUAAUACAACAUUAGUGGUACUUGACAUAAGAAAAAAUCCAUUAAUUGAUCACGUUUUGAUGAAAAACAUUAUUGAAAGAGUUCUUAUGAAUGGAAAUAGUGCUAAUUCGGAGUAUAAGUGGCUGAUGUCUCCAUCUUCCAAGGAUGCUUUGAAAACUAGACCAAAGAAAAGAACUAUUGUCCUAGGAAGUAGUCGAAAAGGAAAAGCUACUAUUCGUAUCGUUAUCUGGAAGGAGAGAGGAUUAAUGUCUAAAAAGGCUGUAAGUCCUGGGAAAAAAAAUAUGUCUGUGAAAGAUAGUUACUCACCAAAACCACUACCACCGGGCACAAAAGGCUUCCUUCCUUGGAGGACUGCAGAACGUGCAAAGAGAUGCAGGGGAGGGCCAGUGGAUAGUACUGAAGAAUUACCAGUGAAGAUUCAGACAGGUAUUCCUGUGAAAGUGACGGUAGAAAGCGCUUCUACAUCUGAAACCCAAGAAACAGAAGAUUUAGAUGAUGUUAUCCACCAUCCUGAUUUGGCAAAAUCAUUAGAUAAGAUUAAUGUAACAAAGUAUCAACAAUUACAGUUGGAGCUGGAAGAAUGCAUGGAAAAAUUAAAGGAAGAACAAAGAGCCAGAGUAAAGGCUGAGGAACAGAUAAUGGAGCUGGAAAUUGAAAAUGCAAGAUUAAGGAAUCUAAAUAUCUCCCUAUCUGAGGUUCUUCAUGCACAGUCAGUAACCAACAUGAUUUUGGAAGAUGAAGGUGUUCUAGGCAGCAUUGAGAACUCUUUCCAAAAGUUCCAUGCUUUUUUAGACCUCCUUAAAGAUGCUGGACUUGGACAACUUGCUGUAUUAGCUGGGAUAGACCAGUCCGAUUUUGGUCUUUUGGGGCAUCCACAAAUGAAUUCUACUCUCAGUAAGCCUGCUAACAUGCUAAAGGAGAAGUCUUUUGAAGAAGAAAGACAAGAACAUACCCAGAAUAGCAAAAACAGAGCUGGGGACAUCCAAGUUUCUCUUCCUGGCACGUUUCAAUCCCAGGUGGUUGUGAAUAACACCUUCUCUGCUCUUAGAGAGAUACAAGAACUUCAGACUGCUGGGCAACAGUACCAGCGAGGCUCACGGAAGGAAAAUGAAGCUCAAGCAAUUAACCAAAAUAAAGAGGAUAAGCCUCAAAAUAGUACUCCAACAUUCUCUGAGAGGAGAGUCAAACAAAAUGAACACAGCAAAGGACAACACUCAGCAAGGCAGUUGGUUACUGGUUUGCAUUCAUUUUCUGAUUCCAGUGUACCUAUUAAAAGUAAUGGUAGCAGAAUAUCCAGUGGUGCUUCUGGUGAAAAAAGCAAAACUUGUUCCUCAAAGAAAUACAUCCCUAGAGCAAAUGAAACAGCAAUUCCAAAUGAUGGAGCAAGAGGAGACCAAAGCAGACUGCAGACAAUAAACCACUCUGGAACUGAUACUGUAGGAUCUGGCUCUGAAAUACAAGAAAGUAUCCAAAGUGUAACCAGCUUUUGAAAUGGUUCUAAAAUGUUUCAACUGUUCUUUACACUUGCAAAAUUUAAAAAAAAAUUUGGAUGCCUCAGUAUAGUUUGUGAGUUUUUUGUAAAGUAAUGUAGACUUCGUGAACUUUUAAAGCAUUGCUUGCUGUUUAGUAUUCCUGUUUCACGUUUGCAUCACUUUUCACUAGAUUUUUAUUUUUGGAAACGUGAUGCACUGGUAGAACGGUACCCUUCAGUUUGUACUACAUAAAAAGGAUUCCUGGCGUAUGGAUUUUAUUGUGUAUCGCAGAUCUCGUUAUAGAGUGUAAACUGUUUUGAGCUAAUAAAAUUAA